AAAAGUCCUUCUAAGGAUGUGCGUAGAGAAGGAGGCCCAGGGCCCUUCCAUGAACUUGAACCCCAAAGCUGAAGUCGCGGGUCUAUCAUAGGACUGCCGUCAGGAUCAGGCAAGGCUCCUGGAAGGAAGCUCCCUCCCCACCAUCCUCCUGCCUCCUUCAGCCAGGGCCUCCUCCCAGGGCUGGGUCACUCCCAGCGAGCUGCACCCCCACCCUCCGCUGGCUGGGAGGCAGGCAGGAGGGUUUUCGCGGGGGCUGUGCCGGCCCCUGGGCGGUUUUCCCAGAGCAAGAAGCGAGGCAGGACUGCGUUGGCGCCAGCUCCCUCAGAUAUAGACGUCGCUGGACAGAUGACCAGCCUGCCCAGCUAGCUGGAGCCCGGGGACCCCCUCGGGCACUGUGUUCCUGUCCUGGGGGCUGUGACACCACAUCCCGAGGGCGUGGCAUGUCACAGAGAAAGGCCAGAGGGGCAGCGGCCAUGCCGGGAGCAGGGCAGAGCCCGGCGAAGGCCAGGUCCAGGCUGCGCACGGGCACCCCCAGCAGGAGGAGCCGCCUGAGCAGGACCAGGCAGGACCCGUGGGAAGGGACCGGCUGGAGCAACCAGAGGUGGAGCAGGGCUGCCCCCGGCCCGGGCCCCCCUCGUGGGGUCCGGUCAGCCUCACUCCCCUGGUCCUCUGUGCAGAGUGAGGUCAGUCCUGAGAACGCCGCGCGGGAGCGGAGCCGGGUGAGGACGCUGCGCCAGGCCUUCCUGGCCCUGCAGGCCGCUCUGCCUGCCGUGCCCGCGGGCACCAAGCUCUCCAAGUUGGAUGUGCUGGUGCUGGCCACCAGCUACAUAGCCCACCUCACCCGCACGCUGGGCCACGAGUUGCCCGGCCCCGCCUGGCCACCCUUCCUGCGUGGGCUCUGCUUCCUGCACCCUCUCAAGAAGUGGCCAAUGAGAUCUCGUCUCUAUGCCGGAGGCCUGGGGUGCUCUGGCCCUGACUCCACCACAGCCACCUCCCUGGGCCAAAGAACGAAGGAGGCAGAGGCCAAGCCCCAAGUCCCUGGAGAGGCAGAUGCUCUCCUCCCUACCAGUUCUUGGUGAUAAAGGACCAUCACACUCACCUUCACUCCUGGACUGUGACUCGAGCUCAGGCACCUGGUUUAUUCUCUCCCGGGCCCUGCCUGUCUUCACGUGGACUCUUACCCAUCGGAUCUGACUCAGCCCCAGGUCAGACAAAGCCGCAGGCACAUCAGUGAUGGAGCGCUCAGGGGCACCGGAGAGCCAAUCCUCAUCUUGGCUCCAGGAGGAACUCCCAGUGGCUCUUCCGUGGCAGCUACAAGGGAAACGGGAGAGGAAGGGGUUUGAUUGGGUUGGAGGCUGAGUUAUGGCACUACUCCUUGUUUCUUCCCCCCCACCCCCCAAAGUUUCUACAAACCCUCUGGAGAUUGCAAGCAGAGGCAGGGGCCUAGGAUGGCAGCAGCCGCAGGGGCUGAUGGGACCAGACAGGCUCUUGGCCACUGUGCGUGUGAACGGAGCUGGGCUGGGGUCGCAUAAGCAGAGGGGAAACUGAAGAAGGAAAUGUUUUGCUAUUUCACCACGACGUACACGGAUGUCAAAGAGGCAGGAAGGCAUUUAGGAGGCCUGUCUCUGCGUUGUGGGCUCUCCAGCUGCCCCUCCUCACCACAUGGUCUCCCUGGCGGGGCCCUGCACCCAUCCAUUCUUCCCUUGAUGUGAUUCCUAUUUACAGGUGAAGCCAUGAAGCUCACCUGGCUUUUACAUCCCAGUGUCCAGGGACACGUUCAGUCCCCACUGCUUCGUCUGAGAGGACCUUCCCCCAGAGGCAGCACCACCUUAACUGACCCCACAGCAUCUCAAGGCCUUGGGUAGGAAGAAUGCUGAUUGGCUCAGUUACAUCCUUGAAGGACCUUAGAAGAAGAAUGUGCAUCCCUUCCAGGGGAUGGUAAUUGCAGUCUUCUCUUUCCAUUAUGCUAGGAAUCUAACCUCCAGGAAAAACAAGGCCCGGGCCCAGGGGGAUUCUUGUACGGUUUUGGCCUGAGGACUCACUGGCUCUAAAAUUACUUCUCCUGUCUGUCCACAAAUGACCUCUCGAGGGUCCAGUCCUCCCCACAGACCCUGCCCUCCCAGGCUCUCCCUACGUCCUGCCCUGGGGAGCCAGACGUGUAAGAUGGAGUUCUAGUGGAAUUUACCUCUGGUCCUGAAGAGAUAAUACGAGGACCAAUCACAGAGUUUGCACACACUGGGAGGAAUCUUCCAGAUCAGGUAGAGCUUCAGGAGCCUGAAGUCCAGACAGAGAAAGAAUCACCUUUUUUGUGGAGUGGGAGGGGAUGGGUCAGGACGGCUAGAAUCCCAAGAGGGUAGCCUUAGACAGAGCCACCAUUGCCGCCACGAGAGUCAGUGAGGUUUGGGGGUGGCUGGCAAUGGGUGGGGGUCACCGGUGUGAUGAGGUGCCGUUCUUCCUCAGGGUUGGCCUGGGGAACAGGAGGAAGGGGACUGGAGGGGUGACUCAGCACGUUGGGGUGGAGGCAG